CAACAAGACAUGUAUGUGUCUAUUCACACACUACACACAGUGAAAAUGUGUUUUUACUUUGUAUAUGCACCAAUCUAAUCUUGUCUCCUCAUCUUCACAAUGCCAUUUACCCGUUUCGAAUCUUUCUAUAUUCUUUUGCAAAACCCACCUUUUUAAAUCGAAAAUAUUUGAUCAUUUAACUACCCUCUUUUCAGAUUAUAUGCAUACCAUUUAUGCUUUUGGAUGUGUAAUAAUAAAUAAUAUUACAACAACAUUUUUUCAGUGUUUGAAAGGAUUGAUUGACGAGUCAUUGGCUUCAAGGGCCUAGGGCCAGAGCUCGAAAAGGCGUAAAGAGUUGAUGGGGAACCUGUGGUUUGUGUUCUGUGGAGAAUCCAAUUGUGAUUUUAACUUAACUCUUCUCACAAACCCUUCAUCUUGCAUUAACAAUGCUCUAACCAUUUUUCUAGACGCCUUUUUACUAAUCGCGUUCUUCAUCGUUUUCAUUUCCAAAAAACCGCUCAAAAUAAACUCGCGCGGCUUGUCGAGUUUGCAGCUUGUGUCCGCCGUUUACAACGUCAUUCUUGGUUCAGUUAAUUUAAUUUACGGAGCAUGGGUUUUAGAAGAAAACUCAAACUCGAGUGGAAGUUGGAAUUUUUUUUUACCCUUACAUUCGUGGGUGAUAUUCGUUUUUCACGGCUUCGUAUGGUUGCUCGUGGGGUUAACAGUAAGUCUCAAGGGACACCGUUUUUCGAGAGCUUUGUCCAUUUCGGCAUUCGUUUUUACCGGAAUUAUUUUCGGUUUAUCUUUCUUCAAUGCUAUUGUUCUUGAGAAGAAAGUCUCGAUAAAAACCAUUUUCGAUGUGGGAUCGUUUGUAGGAUCUUGUUUACUCAUCUCAUGUGCUUACAGAGGCUAUAGAGAUGAUGAUGAUGAUGAAGAAAACGAGAUUUUCGACCCGUUGCUUAAAGAAAACCGGGUUGAUCAAAACGUAACACCAUUCACUAAAGCGGGUUUUCUGAGUACAUUCACAUUCUGGUGGCUAAACCCGUUAAUGAAAACGGGUAAAGAGAAAACCCUCGAAGACGAGGACAUACCGAAGCUACGUAUGGAUGACCGUGCAGAAUCGUGCUACUCGCUCUACUUAAACAUUUACAGCCAUAAAAAAAAAUCAAUCUUGAAAACAAUCUUCACAUGCUAUUGGAAAGAGAUUUUUAUCUCGGGCUUCUUCGCAUUCCUUAAGGUCGUCACGAUCUCCUUAGGCCCGUUGCUUCUCAAAGCCUUCAUUGCAGUCGUCGAAAAUGAAGAAAGCUUCGAGCACGAGCGUUAUUUGUUAGUCGUAACUCUUUUCUUCACAAAAAUACUUGAAUCGGUCUCUCAAAGGCAGUGGUAUUUUCGGUCGAGGCUCGUCGGCCUCAAAAUCCGAUCUUUACUAACUGCAGCCGUUUAUAAAAAGCAGCUGAAAUUAUCAAAUUCCGCUAAACUCGAGCACUCGAGCGGCGAGAUAAUGAAUUACGUCACGGUCGAUUGUUACCGAAUAGGCGAAUUUCCUUUUUGGUUCCACCAAAUUUGGACAACUACUCUUCAGCUCUGCUUUGCAAUACUCAUUCUUUUCCAAUCCGUGGGGCCCGCAACAAUCUCGUCGAUUAUCGUGAUAUUUUUAACCGUUUUUUGCAACAUGCCGAUCGCGAAAUUGCAGCAUAAGUUUCAGACGAAGCUUAUGGAAGCACAGGACGAACGGCUUAAAUUGAUGAACGAAGCUCUAGUGAAUAUGAAGGUAUUGAAGCUUUACGCGUGGGAGAUUCAUUUCAUGCGCGCGAUCGAAAAAUUGAGGUUAGUCGAGGAUGUCUGGUUGAGGGCCGUUCAGUUGCGAAAGGCUUACAAUUCGUUUUUGUUUUGGUGUUCGCCGGUUUUGGUCUCGGCAGCUACUUUCGGCACGUGUUAUGUGGUCGGAGUAAAAUUGACUUCGAGCAAUGUUUUUACGUUUGUGGCGACUUUAAGGCUCGUUCAAGAUCCGGUGAGGAGUAUUCCGGAUGUGGUUGGUGUGUUUAUUCAGGCGAAAGUGGCGUUUGUGAGGAUUGUGAGGUUUCUAGAGGCGAAAGAGUUGGAGAGCUCGGGAGUUCGUAAGGAGUUAAUUGGCGGUGAUUGUGGUAUUGUUAGUGUUUUGUUUGAGUCGGCUGAUCUCUCGUGGGAUGAGAAGAAUGCGGUGAAUAAGGCGACUGUUCGGGAUGUGAGUUUGGAAGUGAAGAGAGGGGAAAAGAUUGCGGUUUGUGGGGAAGUUGGGUCGGGCAAGUCGACGCUUCUAGCAGCGAUUCUUGGAGAGGUCCCGAUAACUAAAGGAAAUGUUCAAGUUCAUGGGACCAUUGCGUAUGUUUCACAGUCUGCAUGGAUUCAGACAGGAACUAUACGAGAAAACAUUCUCUUCGGAUCAUCCUUAAACAACGCAAGAUAUCAAGACACACUCGAGAGAUGUUCGCUCGUAAAAGAUCUCGAGCUUUUACCGUACGGUGAUUUAACCGAGAUAGGUGAAAGAGGCGUUAAUCUUAGUGGUGGUCAAAAACAGCGAAUUCAGCUUGCUCGUGCUCUCUAUAGUGAUGCCGAUAUAUACCUCUUGGAUGAUCCCUUUAGUGCUGUCGAUGCUCAAACUGCCACGAGCUUGUUUUGUGAAUAUGUAAUGGGAGCACUUGCGAAGAAGACGGUGUUACUCGUGACUCAUCAAGUCGAUUUUCUUCCUGCAUUUGAUUCUAUCUUGUUGAUGUCAGAUGGCGAAAUCUUGCACGCGGCCCCAUACAACGAGAUGAUAGCCACGAGCCAAGAAUUUCGAGAUCUCAUUAACGCACACAAGGAGACAGCUGGCACCGAGAGGCUUUCGGAGGUAACAAAAUCCUCCCAAAGAACCGAACCAUCAUCAUCCUCGUCAAAGGAGAUUCACAAAGCGUACGCGGAAAAAAAAGCUAAAAAAACUCCGGGAAGUGAUCAGCUAAUCAAGAAAGAGGAGAGAGAAACUGGCGACACGGGUUUCAAGCCCUACAUUAUAUAUCUAAAGCAGAACCGAAACCGAGGAUUCUUGAUCUUCUCUAUGGCUGCCAUGUGUCACCUGACGUUCGUGAUCGGGCAAAUAAUACAAAAUUCGUGGAUGGCGGCAAAUGUCGACGACCCGAAUUUCAGCACGUUGAGAUUGAUCCUCGUGUACUUGCUGAUAGGGGUAAUAUCGUCAUUAUUUUUGCUGACGAGGACAUUAACGACAGUUGUCCUCGGCAUGCAGUCUUCGAGGGCUCUGUUUUCGAAGCUUUUGGUGUCUUUGUUUCGUGCUCCGAUGUCUUUUUACGACUCCACGCCUUUGGGAAGAAUUUUGAGCCGGGUUUCGGUUGAUUUGAGUAUUGUCGAUUUGGAUAUCCCUUUCAAUUUGGUUUUCACGUUCGGUUCGACCACGAAUUGUUAUUCAAAUCUUGUGGUGUUGGCUGUUAUAACGUGGCAAGUUUUGUUCGUUUCGAUACCGAUGAUCUAUCUGGCUAUUCGACUACAGAAAUACUACUAUGCCUCGGCUAAAGAGUUGAUGCGGAUUAAUGGGACCACAAAAUCUUUCGUGGCUAACCAUCUAGCCGAAUCCGUAGCAGGGGCCACCACCAUAAGAGCUUUCAAAGAGGAAGAUCGUUUUUUCGCGAAAAACCUCGAAUUAAUCGACACCAAUGCCAGCCCUUUCUUCCACUAUUUUUCGGCGAACGAGUGGCUGAUCCAAAGGCUCGAAACACUUAGUGCAGCCGUACUUUCCUUCGCGGGCCUCUGCAUGGUUUUACUUCCAAGUGGAACUUUUAGCUCCGGAUUUAUUGGAAUGGCUUUGUCCUAUGGCCUAUCUUUAAAUAUGUCCUUAGUGUUCUCUAUCAAUAAUCAGUGCAUGUUAGCAAACUACAUCAUUUCUGUAGAAAGACUCGACCAGUAUAUGCACAUAGCAAGCGAGGCACCGGAAGUUAUAGAAGAUAAUCGCCCGCCGGUCAACUGGCCGGCUGAGGGUAAAGUAGAGAUUCAAGAUUUGAAGAUUAGAUAUAGAGCGGAUGGGCCACUUGUUCUAAGCGGGAUUACAUGCAAGUUUGAGGGAGGACACAAAAUCGGGAUUGUUGGUCGAACAGGAAGCGGUAAAACUACUCUCAUUGGUGCAUUGUUUCGUCUAGUCGAGCCUUCCGGGGGAAAGAUUUUAGUGGAUGGAGUAGAUAUCUCGACAAUUGGGCUUCACGAUUUGAGGUCGCGUUUUGGGAUUAUACCUCAAGAUCCGACUCUUUUCACCGGGACCGUCAGAUAUAACUUGGAUCCGUUGUGUCAGCACUCAGACGAGGAAAUAUGGGAGGUUUUGGGGAAGUGUCAGCUCAAAGAGGCUGUUCACGAGAAAGAAGGUGGAUUGGAUUCACCCGUUGUAGAGGAUGGAUCUAAUUGGAGCAUGGGCCAAAGACAAUUGUUCUGUUUGGGCCGGGCCCUUUUAAGGAGGAGCAAAAUUCUGGUGCUAGACGAGGCAACUGCAUCGAUCGACAAUGCAACAGACAUGAUCUUGCAGAAAACUAUUCGAAAUGAAUUUGCAGAUUGUACUGUGAUAACAGUUGCUCAUAGGAUACCCACAGUUAUGGACUCAACCAUGGUUCUAUCCAUCAGUGAUGGGAAACUUGUGGAGUACGAUGAACCAAUGAAGCUGAUAAAGAGGGAGGACUCGUUGUUUGGUCAGCUCGUGAAAGAAUAUUGGUCAAAUAAUAAUCACUCAGUAGAAUCACAGUAAAAUGCUCGAUUGUUUACAAUAAUGUGUUUAGAGAGAAAAUGCGCGUAAGAAGCAUUUUUAGGAGAUGUUUUGAAGAUUAAAAUUGCGAAAGUCGAAUUUGGUAUUACGAAUUUCAUUCCAGAUGAGUCUUAACUGCAAUUUUCCCAGGAAAGUUCUAAUAUGCAAAACCAGUGAGGAAAAAAAUCCAUCAAAAAUCGAUUCAAACAUGAAAUAAUUGCUCUCCAUCAUUAAUAGUAUAUAGUUACAAUUUUAGUAGGAGGAUCAUUUACAUUAACCAAGCAGAAUCACACAUUGAAGGUGGCUGGCUAAUAGUAAAAAAAUUAUUUAAAAAAAAAAAAAAGGAAAAAGAAUUGCUAUUUAAGAAAUAGAUCUAUCGAAAUCAACCUCAUCAUGGUCCUCCAAGUAUGGCAUUUUCGAUAUCUUCUCUACUCAGCGCAUAACUGAAUCUCCUCUCAACAUCUUUCUCCAGAUUACCUGGUCCACUCUUUAAAAACCUUAUGUAUAAAUCGGUAACAUCAAGCGAGAGCUGCGCGUGCCAAUCGGGCUUUUCGAUAAACCACACAGCCCUAUCAUCUCUGCUCUGGUGAAACCCUAGGCUUUUCAGCCAAGCCUCGAUGCAAGGCAAGCUGUGGGAGUACAAAGCGUUCUUCUUUUCAGGUAAUUUUUGAAGCCAUUCAUCUUCAGCUUCCGAAAGCAUGGCGUCCCCUUCAGAUGACUUGGAUCGAAAAAGGGUCCUUUUCGAGCUGGAAAUUGAGGAGAAAUUAUGGGGGCGAGGUGUCGAAAUUCGGAGAAUUAAAGGGCUUCUGGAGAAUAUCUUGGAACUUGAGAUUGGUGGAGGAGCAGGAAUUGGAAAUUUGAAAAUAGAAAUGGUGGGCAUUUUUUUUUCUUUUAUUUUUUUGUAACAAAUCUAUUUACUGAGCCCUAAACUGAUUUUUCAUGCCCUUUUCCUUUUCUCACGCUCGAAUUGAAACUCAAGGUGCAGAGCAAAGGAUUGGAAAAUCAGAGUGUUCACAAUUUACAGUCCAUGCAGAGAAAGACUGGAGAAGAUGAAGAUAGGGUUGAAAACGACGUCGUUUAUGUGUAAAUAAUAGAGGGGGAAAUCCAUAAUAGGCAGAAAUAGUAAGGUCCACAAUGCAAAAGAUUAAAAUUCACAAAGGUCCCCGCUCAUAUUUCUUUUAGACUAUUUGGC